ACCAAACCUUUCUUGAGGCACUGUAGAGCUAAAAUUAUUGACUCUCCAUCAUGGGAUAGAGUUAAGGAGCAUAGGAAGAAGCAGACCAUGAAAGGUAAAACGUCAAAUAGAGGCGAACCUGCUAGUGAAUAACUUUACUUAUGCACCUUUUUGUACAAUCAAACUCAGAUGCUGACUACCACAAUAUCAGAACAUGAUAGGAAUAUUUAGGACUUGUUUGUCUUUUGAGAAUGAAAUGUCGGAAGUUUUGUAACAUAAAAAAUGAUGUGCAAUCACUAUAUUAAUCAGCUUGCUUUUGCAUAAUUUGCUGAUAUGAGUUCUCCAAUGCAUAUAGUUUGUUAAAAGGAGUUGUAAUAUACUUAGCCUGCUUAAUGUCGAGAAGCACAUUUAAAAUUAAGAGUACUCUGUCUCGUAUAAAGGACUUAAAGUAAUUGUCAAAGCUUUUCUUUCACAUUCCAGUCCAGUGCACAGGAAUACCUGUUUUGUUUUUCAGCUUAAAUGUAUAUAUAAAAACAAUAAUUUUUGUUGGUUGAUUCAUUUGCAUUGCUACUGUGAUACGUGUGAUAUAGCCUCGCCUCGUGGAAAUGACUGAAGGAUCUAGAAUCCUGGAUUAAACCAUUGUUCGACUCAUGAAUUUCAAGUCUGGAGCACACAUAGGGAAGGCUGAAGUGCUGAACAAGGGGUGUAUAUAUUAUAGCAAGGGCUACAUAGAAAGGUCAUGAGUACAAGGGGUAUAUAUUAUAUCAAGGGCUUGUGAGAGGGGAUUAAACCCUGUCAAACUUCAGAAGAAUCGGUGGCUACAAUAUCAUUGGGUCUUUGGCAGCAGUAAAUGUGAAGAACAGGGCAUUCUUUAGACAUUGUUUCUACCAAAGGGGUAACUGGGGUUUGGAAAACUGGUGGUUGAUAAUCUUGAUAUAGUUAACAUGCCAAUUUCGAGUUAUAUAAUGGAAAUUUGUCAGGGGUGGGAUAUCUUUGGAUGUGGUUUUGGACUUUAUGGUGGCAAUGUGACAUUUAGAAGAGCCUGAAGGAUGGGGCCUUUGUGAGUUGCUGUUGUGAGCCAUUAUGAGUAGAUACCUCAAUAGAUUUUGUGAAGGUAGAUGUGAAAACGGCAUAAAUUGUUGAUCUUUCAUCCUGGUGUUGACUAUCCUGUCGAAGUAUUGGAGCUUUUCAUUACUGAAAGUACCUUGUACUUAUAUCAUCAAGAUCUGCCAGGUAAAUUUGUCAUUAAACUCCUUUGAACCCAAAAAAUCAACUUAAAGCAAUAACAUGAAGUUUAUUACUGGUGGAUAGUUGUAUGCAUCAGUUUCAGUAGGGCUUAUCAACGGAUCUAUUGCUUCAUCUUUGGAAUUAGAAUUGAGUGGAGGCAUAGCUUGACAAGCUGUGUUUCAACUGCACUUCUGUUUGCUACGUCCAUGACAUACAUACGGAAGCAGUUGUCGGGUGUAAAAAUUGAUGAAUAUGAACCUAUGUAUUGAUAGAGAAACUAGGAGGAAACUCAAGGAUAGAAGCAGAAAGAUAAGCCACUUUUUGCUGCUAUGCCCAAAUUUUUGUAAAGCCCUAUUCAUGAUCAGUUUAUCCCGGGGAAGAAUCGAAGAAGGGUUGAUACAAUUUUUUUUAUAUCAAUAUGUGCACUGUAAUUAGUACUCUAUAGAUGCCAAUGUUGCAUUCUGUUUUAAGAUAAUUUGUCUUAGCAAGGUGUCUGUGCCCCUUGUAUCGUGGCAUUGACUUGUUUAGUCAUGGGUUGAUCAACAUGAUAUCCAAUUGUCAAUUUAUUAUUGAGAUCAUAUCUGUACUGUAAAUUUGGUCAAUUGUUACAUUAAAUUUUGAUUUUAUUUCGUUAUUAUUGUUGUUGGUUCCUAUUUUAGCAAUUUGAGUAAAUUAAGCAAAGCCAAGUAACAAUACGCGGCAAGGUUACUCCUAUUAUGUCCUCUUGUAAAAUCAUCUAGUUAGGAUCUUGAAGGUAGGUAAUCUUAUCAUAGCUUGCUCAACUCUAUGUCUCCAUUAGGCAAUUCAUUUAGCUUGGUCUAGUGAGAACUGAUAAGGAGUGAGGUUUGUAACUUUGAGGUUGGGGUUUAAUCCCUAGCAAGGACACUUUGACUCUUUGAGGGUAUGAAUUUUCCUUACUCCCCCCUCCCAUCCCUUUUCACUACGUGUCUAGUCAAUAGAUCGAUCUGAAUCUCGUUAACACAUGACAUUAUUGCCCUUUUAUGAUUCUACUACGUGCAUUGUGUAAUGCUUUAUUCUACCUUCUGGCUUCUACUUAUCCUAAUUUUUGUACAAAAAUAUCAUCAACUCCGUACUUAAUUAGAUGGAUUUUUACUUCUUUUCAAAAAAAAAAAAAAAAAAGGAUUUUUACUUAUUUAAAAAAUAAAAAUAAAAAACCAAAAGCCCAAAUUAUUCUGUUAAAUCGUCUUUUAGUGUCAAGUUUGCUUCUUCAGCACUCCUAAAAAUUCUCGUGUUAAAACCUUCCAACACCUUCAACAAUGGCGGCCAAUAACCAUGAAACCAAAAACUCAGAAACCCCAAAGCUAACCGGAAAGAUAAAGUGGCUCGAUUCACAGGGCAUUGGUUACAUACUUCCUGACAACCCCUUCCUCCCGGAAGUAUACAUCAGCCCACUUUCUCUCUCCUCAAACACCAUCAAAGAAGAAGAUCGCGUCAAAUACAACACCAUUUUCAACGGUUUAAACCCCCCACAUUCUCUAGAAGCCAUUAAUGUCGUCCCAAUUGAGGGUAAAUGUAAAUUCUGCAAAAAAUUUGGUCAUAAUUCCAGUAAUUGCCCAGAAACUAAGAUUUCUAAGGUUAUGUGUUUUCGUUGCGGAAUAUUUGGUCAUUAUUCUAUGAAUUGUGAUCAGAAAUAUAAUGGCUGGCUCCCUAAUCAGACCCACAGAAAAAAUAGUAGGCCCCACAAUAGGGUUUUCAGUAAUGGUGGUGGUGGGGUCAACAAUGUUGGAGUGUGGCCGAGUUUGAGUUCAGUGGUUAGUGUGAAGAAAGAAGAUGUGAAGAAGGUUGAGGAGGUUGAAGAUUGUUUUAUUCUGGAAUUUGAUCCUACUAUUGGUAAUGAUGUUGAUGAGGUUAAAAGUAUGGUUUGUGUAAAGAAGGGAGAAGAUUUGAAGAAGGUUGAAGAAGUUGAGGAUUGUUUUAUAUUGGAAUGUGAUCCUUCUGAAUUAGAUAAAUUUUCUAAUUUGUCUAUUUCUCAGAAAUCUGAUGUAGAUGAUGUUUUGAUUUUGGCUGAAAAGGGGAAGGUUGCUUGUAAGGAUUACCCACAUCCAAGACACCUUUGUGCCACCCAUCCUUUUAAGGAGGGUCCUCAUGAUCUUCAUUGCAAAAUGUGCUAUUGCUACAUUUGUGAUAUACCCGCGCCUUGCAAGAGAUGGGAUGAAAGUAGUAAAUGUCCUGGUGUGAGACAUUGUGAUGCUACUGAUGAAUCUGCUCUUUGGAGGUUACAUAGAACUCUGGAGAAAAAUGCUUCAAGGGGUCUGGGGUAGGUAAAAUGGUGAAGAUUAAUCUUGCAGGAAGGUAGUAGUAUUAUAAUAUGGGCUUGUUUUAUGAUCAGAUUAAAUUUGUCAAGUUUCAGGAAGUAACAAGUCAAUAAAUAGAUUUGUACUUUUUUUGGGGGGUUUGAGAGUUUACGUGAAGUUUGAGAGGUUUCGUAAAUUGGAUUGAUAUGAUGUUUAUGGACUCAGCUGUUCAGUUUGGGUUAUGAUUUAAAAUUUUAAAUGCUUUAAAUCUGUUGCUCAACUUUUGCCUCAACUCUGAUCUCUGAAAGAUAAAGUCUACUUAUCAUUCCGAUUAAUGUGAAGAAAUUCCUGUCUGGCUGUAAAUGUAAAGAACCUCAGCCCUCAGGUUACUUGAUUGCAGUAAAUGUAAAGAACAAUGCAGUGGAAUGCACUCUAUGCUAGAAAAAAAAUAACAGGUAUUUGAUCUUAUGAAUCUUAUAGCAACAGUUUUUGACUGAAUUUGCAUGGUUUGAUGCCUUUAACCUCUAUGAUGAUUAUGAGGCAUGAUGAGUUAUUUCAUAGUCUUUGUGCAGGUUGCUAAUACAGAUGGUUCGCCUAAGUUCACAGAACUUGUGAGACUUGUUUGGCUACAGGUGCAGAAGUACUGAUACAUUUAACAAGGAGUGGCUGGACUGCAGGACACGCAAAUUCUUAUAAUGCUACUCCGGAGCUAAGUGAUCUGGAGGAAGCUUGAGAAUCAGAAAUAGAGAGGUACAAUGUUUUUAUUUUAGGAAUAAUGACUGUAAGAUGUUCUUUUGAUGAAACUCAUAUGAUUUAUUGAGUUUGUUUAGAAAAUCAUAGCUUUUAUGAGAGGGUGAAUUUGCCUUGCAUCUAUGAACAAAUUGUUUCCCUUCUGCUUGUUGGUUAGUUGGUGUGUGACAAUCAACUGAGAAAGUAUGAAAUUCUGAAGAUUUUUUAAGUGGUGGAAUUGUGGAUACUGCUAAGUUGAAGUUGCGCAAACCUGUGCAGAUUUUCACCAUUCAUUUCUGUACAAUAUUGGUCAUUAUCCCCCUUUCUUGUUGAAAAUGCAUCAUAUUCAAACACGCUGCAUUUAACUGGGAUGGGAACGAUUUUAUAGGGCUAUCACCUUUAUCUAUUGCUGUAGUUUUGAUUGAACUGGUCCGUACUCAAUCCUUUAAUUUAUGCCAUGAAAAAACCCUGUUUUCUUUAUUUACCAUUAUCGUUGAAUAAGAUUGAGAAAAAGCUUUGUUUCACAUGUGAACUUGAAUCAUUGUGAGUUCAGUAGAAAGACCAUUACAGGCAUAGCCAUUAUUUGAAGCCUGGAAAUUACAGGGCUUAAUGGUGG